AUGGAUAUUCCAUACAAAUCAGCCUUGCCAUUUGUGUUGCUAGUCAUCAAUGCAGUUCUAGGUUCUCUAUUUUUUGGAUAUUCUAUUUCCUAUCUAAAUUCAGCCUCAAAUUUUUACCCCAUUUAUUAUCUAAUUAAUGAAUAUGAUGUCUCUACUUAAAAUUUGCUCAAAGCUCUGGUUGGAGGUAUCGAAAUUUAAAUAUAGUUACUAGCUAUUUUCACUUUAUCUGCAGGAGCAGGAGCGAUUCUAUCAGGAAACUUGUUACAAUAAUUUAGUAUAAGAAAAUCUUUUAUGAUUACUGAUUUCAUUGGAAUAAUCGGUGUAGUACUUGAAAUAAUACCCAAUGUUUAUUGGUUUUACCUUGCUCGAAUUUUUAUUGGUUUUUGUGUAGGACUCAAUUCCUCACUAAUUCCAUUAUAUAUUAAAGAGUUUUCACCUAAUAGAUUAUCUGGAUCACUAGGGGCGAUGAAUUAACUUACAAUCAACAUUGGAUUAUUGAUAGGUCUUAUUUCAGCUUUGUAAUCUUUAUUUUGAAUUUAAGUUUUUACAAAACCAGUGACAAUUCAGAAGAAUCAUCAAAUGAUAAUGUUUUUAGAUUGUUUUUAGAAUUGCCCCUCAUAUUUUGUUUACUUAGGACUUUAUUAUUGAUUUUUGUAUUUAAAAACGAGCCACCAUCAUACUAUGUCCAAAAAAAACAACUGAUAGAGGUAUUUGAGUUGCUAAUUAGGCGAAAUAAAUAGUGGAGAGAUAUUAUUUAAGAGAAAAAGUAGAUUAAGUCUUAGAGACGAUCAAGUCAGUUAAUGAAUCUAAGAAACUCCAGAAAGAAACCUACAGGGAUCUGCUUAUGAAUUACGGUCAAAGAAAACGUUUAUUAAUUGGUUGUGGACUCUAAGUAUUGUAGCAAUUUUCAGGGAUAAAUGCAAUUAUGUUUUUUUCUAAAAUCAUGUUUUCAUCUGUAAUUAUUUAAUGCAGGAAUAUUUUAGAUUCUCAAUAACAAUGAGACCAAAAUUAAUUGGGCGAAUGUGGCAGUUGGUUUAAUCAAUAUCAUAUUUAGUUUUUUGGCAAUUAGUCUAUUAUAAAAGUUUGGAAGAAGGACUCUCUUGUUAUAUGGAACUAUAGUUUGCACCUUUUUCCUAUCAAUUGCCUUUGGUUUCUCAUUUUCUCAAGACCCAAGUACCACCAUAGGAAUCUUGAUUGUGUUGGCUAUAUUUGGAUAUCUUGGGGCGUUCCAAUUAUCUCUAGGACCUGUGGCUUGGGUAUUCUCAAAAUUAUAAUAAUUUAGAUUUAUGAUGCUGAUAUCUUGUCUGAGAAAGGGAUGUCUUUGGCAGUGCUUUGUAACUGGAUAAGCUGCACAAUCAUAGCAUUUGCCUUCGUUAUUUUGGAUAUUGAUCACAACAAGGAGAGACUGUCUAUUGUUUUUGGCGUUUUUACUGGGUGCUGUAUUUUGGGUGUGUGUUUCAUAUUGAAGUUUGUUCAGGAAACAAAAGAUAGAACUUAAUCAGCAAUCAAUAUAUAUUUCUCAUUAACCAAAGUAAGGGAGGAGGGUUUGUUAGGGUGA